AUGAUACAUUUAUAGCGCCAAGUUUGUCAUAGGAUAUCAAUAUCAAUCGCAAUUCGAACGAUCUAUUAUUCCAUUGACGUAGGAAUAUGCGAUGUUAAGAAUUUUAAAAUUAUUCGCACGUCACUCCGUUUCUAUUUUUAAAACUUAAUUCAUAUUCAUAGAAUCGAUGAUAUUUGAUUAGAAAUGUAUAUACUGAUGUUUGAUAGAAUAUUUGAUAUGGUUAGGAAAAUAUAAAUUGGAAAAUUUCGAUUUUUACAUCUUCCCUUACAAAAAGAAUACAAAAAACAAAAAUACAGGAAAAAUCUUUCCUUCCCUUUGGGUUUAUAACUUUUUUCAUCGGAUUUCACGAAAGUUUUAGACGAAAUAAACAUCGACUUGGUUUCUCCCGAUGAAAAAAAAAAAGAAGAAGAAGAAGAAGAACCGUUAAAAGAAAACGUGGCACGAUUUUUUUUUUCGCGUGGACAAAUUGAAAUGGAAUCGAUGAUCGCGUGACGAGAAAAAUAUUUCGCGAUUUGAGAUUGGAUACCGAAGCUCUCCUGUUCCACGAUCGAUAAUUAUCAUAGAAAUUGGAGAGAAUAUGCGAAAAAUGGUGUAUCUCGGGGAUUUGGUCGCCAUUAUGGAGGAACGUGACUUUGACAGGGACGCCAUCGACACGGACUCUCUCGAGUCCGAGGCUAUACAAUUGUCAUCGUGCCCGAAACAGUUGGAUCUGAGCAACGGGGGCCUGUCAAGGAUCCCCGACAGCGCUAUAGCAUUUCCGGCGAUAGAAGAGCUGAUAUUAAGCCAAAACCAACUAACGAACACGAACAACAACCUGACAUUGUUGCACAGGUUUCCAAAACUUCGCAUCGUUCAUUUGGAGAGCAACGAGUUGAGGAGGAUACCACGAGAGUUAUUGGAGCUCACAGGGUUGACCUACCUCAAUCUCUCGGACAAUAAAAUCGAGAAAAUUCCGGCCGACAUAAGCCAGCUUAUCAACCUCAAAGAGCUCAUAUUGGAUCGUAAUGGAAUCAAAGAGCUGCCAUAUGAAUUCGUCGAGUUGAAGAACUUGAGAAACGUUUCUUUAUCUGGAAAUUGCCUCACCAGUUUGCCAUCUUUCUUCAACAUGCGUGCCCUAGCGUUAACGGAUGUAUUAUCAAAAACAGAUUAUAACAAAGGUUGUAAAGAUGAUAAGAAUCAAAAUAAUUUGUACAAAGUGAAUCUUCGAAAUAAUCAAUUAAAAGGAAACAUCAUACUUGGAAAUUACGGUAAUUUAACGCAUCUAGACGUCAGUGAAAAUAGCAUUGAGAAAUUGGACAUCAGUGCUCUUCAAGAAUUGAGAAGUGUUCGUUGCGCGCGAAAUAUUUUAACAGAACUGACGGUCUGCGGGAAAAAUAUUGUUUCUCUUAUUGCUGGAAACAACAAAUUAAAAAAAUUAACUAUCGAGCCAGUGCCUGUGAAUCUUGAACAUCUAGAUGUUUCUUAUAACAAUUUAGAUGCACUUCCGGAAUGGAUACCAGAUCUACCUUUGUUGCGAGCACUUUUUGCGUCUCACAACGCCUUAACAGCCCUUCCAGACAGAUUACUAACACAACCGUCGAGACUGGAAGUUCUUCACUUACCCCACAAUAGACUGCAAGCUCUUCCGCCACCUAGGAAACCACUAAACAUCGUUCAUUUGACGCUGCAAGACAAUGCACUGACAGCAUUACCAACGAGUUUCUUCAUCAACACGGAAAAGAUGAAAGUGUUGAAUCUUUCCAACAAUCGAUUGUCAGAACUUCCACACUUUGGAGAAGGAAAUAAAAAUCGACAUAACAAUCACAGCUUGGAGAAAUUAUAUCUCACUGCGAAUUGUUUAACAGAUACUGCUUUGGAUGCUCUUGCAAAAUUUACAUCUUUAAGAGUUCUUCAUAUAGCUUACAAUACUUUAGAUACGCUUUCAGAAAGUUGUAUAGCUUCAUGGAGAGAUCUAGAAGAAUUAAUAUUAUCUGGAAAUCGUCUUCAAUAUCUGCCAGAUAAUGUGGCCAAUUUACGACAUUUACGUGUAUUGCGUGUCCAUUCUAAUCGACUCUUGACUUGUCCAACAUUUAAUAAAACAGCAUCGUUAAAAGUAUUGGACUUAGCUCAUAAUCAAUUAGAUAGAGUAAAUUUAGCUACUCUGGUGCCACCACAACUUCAAUUUCUCGAUAUAUCUUGCAAUUCAAGACUUCACGUAGAUCCUAGACAAUUCCAGGUAUAUAGGUCUCAACGACCAAUAUCAUUAGUUGAUGUAUCUGGACAGAAUAGACCAAGUCUGCCUUCGCACCCUCAUCAGCAAGAAAUUAUUUCCUCGGAAAAAGGUUCGGAACAACCUUGGAGAUUAGGAUUUUCAGAAACAGCAGGAUGUAGAGAAAGAUUGUACGUAUCCCAAAUUCGGAUGCCAUCAUUUUGCAACGUAGAAGGCCUAUUUGGUAUAUUCGAUGGCGGUUCGAAUCAAGAAGCACCGAGCGCACUCCAGGAAAUGAUUCCGCGCCUUUUAUUAGAGGAGAGAACCGUUCGAGAGACGUCAAAGGAAUACUUAAAAUAUACGUUACUAUCUGCCCAUAGGGAAUUGAAAGAUAAGGGUCAGAAAUACGGGAUUGAUGCAACUCUUGUGCAUAUUGUUAGAAUACAAUUGCAACAAGGAUAUCCGAAAGCGCCAACGAAAUAUUCGUUAAAGGUAGCCACUUCUGGAGACGCAAAAGCAGUUCUCUGCAGAGCAGCUGGUCCAUUAAUUUUGGCACCUAAGAAGCUAUCUAUGAAAAAUCAAUUAGGAAACGCAGCUAUGUUUCCUCUUGUUGUUCCCGACCCUAUAUUCGAAGAGGUAGAUUUAGAGGAUGACGAUGAAUUUAUUAUAAUUGGUAAUAAAAAAUUAUGGGAGGUACUGAGCAUUCAGGAAGCCGUUCGAGAAGCCAGAGCGGAAGCCAGUCCUGUUUUAGCCGCUAAAAGACUUCAAGAUCUGGCACAAGCUUAUGGAGCAGAGGAUAAUUUGAGCAUUGUAGUUGUACGACUAACGGGACCUAAUCAGGGUGAUUUAGAUCAGUUGAUGAGGGAAUUGAGACAUGCUGUUGGAAAGAAUAGAGGUCAAACUGAGACAGGAUGUCCUUGUCCUUGUUGCAUGCCUCCGGCAGCUCAUAAACCACCGGGACCUUGCUGUUGUCACGCGAACGAAGGCUAUUAUUUGAAUGGCGUGUUGAAAAGCAUAGUGAAUAGAUCAAACAAAGCUCACAAUGGGUCCGGUAGAUAUUUUAAAAAUCGUCGAUCAACGCAAGAAAAUGAAAGUCCGUCAUACAAAGAUGAUAGAAGUUCACCAAGUGGUCAAUCAGACCAAGCUAGUGAUAGUACUUUGAAGUCGAGAUAUCCUUCUGGUAGAAUUUGGUCUGGAAGUGCUGCUUCUAGAGCUACGAACAAAGCUCGUCAAAGUGUUCUUGUGAACGAAAACAGUACAAGAAAGAUAUCAACUACUUUGACGGCUCAAGAAGACACUAUAUCCGAGAGAUCUGGCGCUUUGAGCGAAGAGCAAUUUCGUUGCUGGGAAUAUAUGCUGGAGCAAAAUACUCAGCUCUUGUUCGACAAGGAAUUAGACACUUUAACGAAGACUCCACUACGACGAGGUCAAUCGAGAUCCACGCCUCAAUUAGCUGGCAAUUUGCCUUUUCUAUCGAAGAGGUUUGGAAGUGCCAGAUCCUUUAAUCCUUCUCUAUCAAGACCACCCAUUGUUCGAUUCGGUAGCGGAAGAAGAUUACUUAACGGAGGUCCAAAUGCGGCUUAUUUUGGCAGCUUACAGAGGUUGAUGCCAUAUAAUCUUGAGUAUGAUUUUGCCGUAAUUCAAGAAAGAAAUGGGUUGGACUCAUUAGAACAAGACGCAACGAGAAUGCAACAAUAUUGGGGAGUGGCUACGACUGAAUUAUAAUUCACAAGUUAUAUAAAAUUAUAAUGU